CCAUCGAACAGUGGAUGGUACUGUAUGUACUUAUGUCAGGGCACUAGGGGUACUGCCAGGCAUGUACAUAUUCACAAGAGCUGAUAAUAGUGAAGUGAAUACGAUAAAUGACUAAAAACCACGGCACUGGCACCUUUGCAUAACUCUUAUCCAAAGCCACUAUUUUCAGCCAAUCUUUCUAUUUAACUUCUUUUCUCCUUACUUGGCAUACAACGGGCGCACCGCUAUAGUUUCCAAGAACGCGACGGCUGUUUCAAUGUUUCAACGGUUCUAACGCUUUGUAUUUGUUGAUUUUGGUGUCUGAAUUAUUUAUUGUAUCUUCAGCCUCCUUUUAGAGGGAUUGAUCCAGGAUCACCUGUCGCAAAGAUGGAUAUCAUCAAAGGGGACGACCUGGAGCCCACGCAGGACAGACACGAAGACACAAGCGCCAGCGUCGACGAAAAAGCCGAGAACAAUGUCUAUCAUAUCGAUCCCGCCAUUGAAAAGCGAGUUAUAAGAAAGAUAGACCGAGCCGUGAUUCCUUUGGUUAUGGGACUCUAUCUGGUCGCUUUCCUAGACCGUUCAAACAUAGGAAAUGCCGAGACUGCCGGAAUGAGCAAGGACCUAAAAUUUGACGAUGCUCAUUAUCAGUGGUUAUUGACGAUAUUCUAUAUUCCGUAUAUCGUCUUUGAGUGGGCCGCAUUGAUGUGGAAGGUUAUACCUCCUCACAUCUGGGCAUGUUGCUGUGUACUCGCAUGGGGCUUAGCCUCGACUCUCCAGGCCGCGGCCUUUAAUUGGCAAGGUCUAAUGGUCUGCCGAUUCUUCCUCGCCAUGGCCGAAGCCGGUUACGGGCCCGGCGUCCCAUACCUACUCUCUUUCUUCUAUAAGAGGCACGAGUUAGGUUUUAGAUGCGGUAUCUUCCUUUCCGCCGCCCCUCUCGCCACAACUUUCGCGGGAGCGCUGGCCUACGGGAUCACCUCAGGCCAUCCCAGCAUACCCAACUGGAGAGUCCUGUUCCUUGUAGAAGGACUCCCUUCAGUUAUCUUAGCGGCAAUUGCCUAUUUCUACUUGCCCGAUUCCGCAGACACAGCGAAGUUCUUGAACGAAGAUGAGAAGCGGGUUGCUAAGCUACGGGCGAUUCAACAGACGGGAAGCGAGGGAACGGAGCGUAUUGGACACGUUGAUUUAAAGGACGUUUUUAUGUCGCUAUUGGAUAUAAAGACUUGGAUCCCUCCUCUGAUGUACUUCAGUUGCAAUGUCUCCUUCAGCAGUCUCCCCGUCUUCCUGCCCACCAUCCUGCAAAACAUGGGCUUCACCGCCAUCAACGCGCAAGGCCUCAGCGCGCCCCCUUACUUCCUCUCCUUCCUAGUCUGCAUCGCGACGACCUGGAUCGCCGACAAGACGCGGCAGCGGGGGCUCAUGAUCAUCGCCUUAUCCCUCGUCGCGGGAGUCGGCUACAUCCUGCUCCUGACCUGCAAGAGCGUCGCCGUGCGUUACUUCGGGGUCUUCCUCGCCGCCGCCGGCGUCUUCCCCGCCAUCUCCAACAUCCUGCCCUGGACCAUCAACAACCAGGGCAGCGACUCCAAGCGCGGCGCCGGCAUCGCCCUCCUCAACAUCGUCGGCCAGUGCGGCCCCCUUCUCGGAACGCGAGUGUUUCCCACUACCGACGCGCCGUAUUUUCACAUGGGCAUGGGCCUGUGCGCCGGCUUCAUGUUUUUCAACGCGUUGUUGGCGCUCGUCCUGCGCACGUAUCUGGCUUGGGAGAAUAGGAGGUUCGAGAAGGCGGAUGAGGCGGCGCGGCAGGCGGGUCUGGAUCCGGCGGCUGGCGCUGUUGGGGUUGAGAACGAGGGGUAUGGGUUUAGGAACUUUUUGUAGGGGACGCGAAGUUAGCGUUGGUGAUGAUGAAGGCUUCUAUGAAUUAGAUUGGGUUAUGAGCUUCUAAGCUCUUGCGAAGGUUGUAACUAGCGGCUAUGUUUUAGCUACAUAGACUGUCGUUAUGGUAGAUAGAUGAGUACUAUGUAGGUAGAGAAUCAUGAUGUACGGUUCUCCCUUGUCAAUGGCAAUCAGUCAAUCUCAUAUAAGAAUUGAAAAUUCCGGCUUUGGUAGAUCUACAAUAAGACGCUCAUAAGUCCCAUAUAAAGAGCGUGCCACCGUUUUGUCAAGUGAGACCUGGUACAACCUCCCAUUUCCGCCCUUUCACACCCAAUCCCACACACCACCCUCUCCUCCCCCUUACCUCCCUACCCCUACACAACAACCACCUCCUUAACCCCCCUCUCCAC